CGCGCACAGACACAGACGAUCGUUCGAGCCAACGAACCUCUCUCGAUACAUUAUAUACAACGUAUCAUCGCCACGCUUUCUGCCCGCGCGCGCGCCUCCGCCUCGCAUGUCCGAGUGUAUGUGCUGUUUCUUUGCCGCACGUACAAUUUUUUAAUGCCCCCGUAUAGAGUGCUAUAUACACAGUCAAGUGUGUUGUUCAAACGAUAAGUUGCAUCUGCGCGUGUAUAUAUAUACAGAGACGAGAGAGAACCUCAACGUUUAUAUAUAUAUACUGCAACACAUUCAUAGUAAUAGUAAAGCAGUAGUUGUACGCCUCGCGCCACCGGGAGACGACGACGACGUUUUGUGAUUGAUUCUUGGGUCUCGUCGGUUUGCAACACGGAGUGCGUGUAAUUCUCUCGCGUUCGCUGCCUUAUAUUUAUUACCUACUUUUUUACCAAAAAGAAAAAAAAAAUAAAUAAAUAAAUAAACAAACAUAAACAUAGAAGAUGAACGACAAUGCCGAGGAAUCGCCUAGAGUGCCGUCCGACGAGGACGUCCAAGCUGCCGAGAAAUUCAAAGAAAAGGCCAACGAGUUUUUUAAAGCUCAAAACUAUGACGACGCAAUAUCACUGUACACCAAAGCCAUCGAGUUGAAUCCCAAUGUUGCAAUAUAUUAUGGCAAUAGGAGUUUUGCGUACCUCAGGACAGAAUGCUUUGGUUACGCAUUGUCAGACGCCACCAAAGCCAUUGAACUGGAUAGGAAUUAUAUCAAGGGAUACUAUCGAAGAGCGGCUGCAAAUAUGUCUCUUGGGAAAUUCAAAAUUGCCUUAAAAGAUUAUGAAACUGUUAUGAAAGUCCGCCCAAAAGAUCAAGAUGCCAAAAUGAAGUAUACAGAGUGCAAUAAAAUUGUUAAAAAAAUUGCAUUCGAAAAGGCUAUUGCUGUUGAAGAGAAUAAAAAGAGCAUAGCGGAUACCAUUAAUUUGGAUAUCAUGUCAAUUGAAGAUGAAUACACAGGACCAAAACUAGAAGAUGAUAAAGUUACUCUGAAAUUUAUGAAGGAUCUUUUAGAAUGGUACAAAGAUCAAAAGAAAUUACACCGAAAGUAUGCUUACAAAAUUCUAAUAGAUGUCAAAGCAUUAUUAAUGACGCUUCCCAGCUUGGUUGAUAUUACAAUUGGAGAUACAGACAAAUUCACAGUUUGUGGUGAUAUUCAUGGUCAAUACUAUGAUUUAAUUAAUAUCUUUGAAAAAAAUGGACUGCCAUCUGAAACAAAUCCUUACUUGUUUAAUGGAGACUUUGUUGACAGAGGAUCCUUUUCUGUUGAAUGUGUAUUCACAUUAUUUGGAUUCAAAUUAUUAUAUCCUAAUCAUUUCUUCAUGUCAAGAGGAAAUCAUGAAUCUAUAACAAUGAACCAAAUAUAUGGAUUUGAAGGUGAAGUUAAAGCUAAAUAUACAGCUCAAAUGGCUGAUUUGUUUACUGAAGUUUAUAAUUGGUUGCCAUUGGCUCACUGCCUUAAUAAUAGAGUCAUGGUGACACAUGGAGGACUAUUUUCCAGAGAUGAUGUAACGUUAGAUGAAAUUCGUAAAAUUGAUAGAAACAGACAACCUCCAGAAGAUGGCCUUAUGUGUGAAUUACUCUGGUCCGAUCCACAGCCUCAAGACGGAAGAGCUCCAAGUAAGCGUGGAAUAGGUGUUCAAUUUGGUCCUGAUGUUACCUCCAAGUUUUUAGAAUUGAAUAAUUUAGAAUAUCUUGUUAGAAGUCAUGAGGUUAAACAAAAUGGAUAUGAAAUAGCACAUGAUGGAAAAUGCAUAACAGUAUUUUCAGCUCCAAACUAUUGUGAUCAAAUUGGCAACAAAGGUGCCUUUAUCACUCUAAAUGGAAAGGAUAUGAUACCAAAUUUCACUGUUUAUGAAGCAGUGCCACAUCCCAACGUCAGACCAAUGGCUUAUGCCAAUCCAUUGUUAAAAGCCAUGUCUUAAAAAUUCAUAUGAUUUGCCGACACAGAUGAACAAGCAAUCGAGUAACACAGUCAAUGUGUGAAUUAUAUAUUUGAUAUCAAUUCAUGAAAAAGUGUAAAAAGCUUGUAUUCUCUGAAGCAAAUAAGUUAUACUCCUUUUAAACGAAGCAGCGAUACAUAAGGACACUGCAUGAUAUUAAUAUUUGUGUAAGCAACCAGCUUGUUUUUUGUUAUUGGUAAUUUACCACUUUGCUUGUAAAAAUGUUUCUUUAUGAAGUUUGAAAACUUGAUGAAAAUUUCAUUUUAAUCAUGAAUUUGUUUGACUAAUUUAUUUAGUUCUAUUACAUAGCAAUACAAUUUGUACGUUAUCAAAGAAAACAAGUUUUAUAGCAAAUUAAAUUUUUAAAAUUUACCAUUAGUAAAUAACUGAAAUUGAAUUUGUGAUGCUUCAAGUAUUUAAAAAACUUGUUACAUUUUUUGUAUGUUAUAAAGUAAUAAAAAAAAAGAAAAAGAACAAUAAAACGAGUUUUGUAAAUGUACUAAAUGUAAAUAAAAUUUCUGGAGAAAUUUGUAGAUAGGCUGCCAAUGAAUAA